AUGGAGGGAACGCCGGCCGGCUCGAGCGUGUUCCUCGCCUUCGCCCUGCUCGCCAUCUGCUCCCUCGUCCUCGCCCUGCUACGCCGCUACCUGCCCCUACGCUCGACUCCGGCCUUCGUCCUGCUGCCCGUCUUCCUCGCCCUCGCCCUGCCCGCCAGCAUCGUCCUGCUCGUGCCCAUAGACCUCGCCUCCAGCCCGCCCGAGGGCCACCGGCCGGCCGGGAUAUGGCUCUCCUCCCGCUUCAUGCUCGUCUUCUGGCGCAUCGCAUACUGGCUCACCUUUGUCCUCACCUGGGCGGUACUGCCGUUUCUGGGCGAGUAUCUCGACUCGGGCCAUAGAUCACCGCGCGAACGCAUGCUGUAUUCCCUCCGCUCGAAUGCCCGGUACCAGCUCACUCUGCUGGCAUGCGCCUUGCUGUGA